GUUGUUGGAACCAUGUACGCCAUGGGGGAGAAAUAAGUAUUAGGUCAUGGACUCACCUGAUCUCCUGACCUUGGUUGAGCAACGUGAGCCUCUUGUGUGCAAGUUUUACGGUAUAUAAACCUUAAGCGUCUCGUGUUUAACCGCCCGAUCACAUUUUGUUUGAUACCAGAAUGUCAGGAGCAACGCCCUCCAGGUCAGCCGACCCCCUGAAGCCUCGCCCAGAUGAGACAACAUCAUUAGUGAGGAAGCCUCCAUCACUCCAGUCUUCCAGCACCCAGGUCGAGGAAUCCGAGGCGUCCAACCUACCUGAGUAUCAGCUAUGGCUAUCCGAGCUCUGGCUUCUCACCAAGAAUGCCAUCCCCGUCAUAUUCGCGUAUACUCUCCAAAACUCGCUUCAGACCGGCUCCAUCCUCAUAGUCGGCCGUCUAAGUCCAGAGGCCCUAGCCACGGCUGCCUUCUCGUACAUGUUCGCCAUGUCCACAGCUUGGUUGAUUGCUCUAGGAGGCUCAACGGCUCUAGACACUCUUGCAUCAAGCAGUUACACCGGCUCAUCCAACAAGCAUGAUCUCGGCAUCCUCUUGCAGCGUGGACUGGUAGUCCUGUCCGCCUUGUAUGCUGUCAUGGCUUUGAUAUGGACCUUGUCCGAGCCUUUGUUCCGGGUACUUGGUCAGGAAGAGUACAUUUGCGUACAGAGUGCCAUGUUUCUUCGGCGUCUCAUACCGGGCGGUUUGGGUUAUAUCUGGUUUGAGUGCAUGAAGAAGUUCUUGCAGGCUCAAGAAGUCUACCGCCCCGGCACAUACGUCCUUCUCAUCACCUCCCCUCUCAACGCCUUGCUCAACUACUUCUUCAUCCACAAACUCGGUCUCGGUUUGCACGGCGCCCCCCUCGCCACCGGCAUCUCAUACUGGUGCUCUUUCUUCCUCCUCGUCGCUUACGCCACCUUCGUCCGCGGCCACGAAUGCUGGGGCGGCCUCUCCCCUCGCCGAGCACUCUCCAACAUCGGCCCGUUUAUCCGCCUCGCUCUGUUAGGCAUCGUCCACGUCGGUACCGAAUGGUGGGCCUUCGAAAUCGUGGCUCUGGCUGCCGGUCAGUUGGGCACCAUUGCUCUGGCUGCGCAGUCGGUUAUUAUGACGGCGGAUCAAAUCAUCAACACGAUUCCGUUCGGGUUGGGUGUGGCUGCUAGUUCAAGGGUUGGCAACCUGUUGGGGGCACGCAAGGUCAAGGAGGCUAGCAGGGCGUCGCAUUGUGCAGUGGUACUCAGCAUAGUUGCCGGGGCGCUGAUACUGACUGUGUUGAUGAGCGUGAAGGACGUGUUUGGGCGCCUGUUCAAUGAUGAUGAGAGGGUGAUCCGACUGGUGGCAGACGUGAUGCCGUUUGUGGCGCUGUUCCAAAUCGCCGAUGGCUUGAAUGGAUCCUGCGGAGGCGUGUUAAGGGGAACGGGGAGGCAGUGGGUGGGCGCGGCGGUUAAUUUGGUCAGUUACUAUGGCGGUGCGCUUCCCACGGGCAUUUAUCUUGCCUUCCACGGAUGGGGCCUCCGUGGGCUGUGGAUUGGGCAAUGUGUCGCCUUGUAUUUGGUGGGUGUGUUUGAAUGGUUAAUCGUUGGCAUGAGUAACUGGGAAAAUGAAGUCAAGAGAGCAAUUUCUCGGCUAGAUGAUGGGGGGUUUGGAGACAGUAGUGCUCAUGUGUAUGCUUAUGGGGCUAUCGGGGAGGGCCAAGCCGAUGAGGCACUGGGUGUGAGGCACAGAGAAGGAAGGGAGCCAGUGUGAAUACGGAGCUGGUGGCCCUCGGGUAAGAUGUUGUAGAAAUUACCGAUCCAUAAUCUCUUUAGGAUGCGAGAACAAAGGUCGACAUCAAAAUAGACAGGUUACCUUGAAUGGGCUCACCCACGAAGUCAAAGUUUAGAAGGUCUCAAGAGGUUUUACCAAAGAUGCCCCUUUCAACACAUUCCUUGGGCUAUGGUUCUUCCUGCAUUCCUGAGGGUUCAAGCCAAUGACACUUUUUUUUUU